AUGGAAGAUGGUCCAACCUUAGUUUCAGGCUGGGCAUGGCUUCCAAGCAACAUUCUGGAUUUGAUUCUAGAAAAGUUGAUCCCAAUUUCUGACUAUAUCCGAUUUAGUGCAGUUUGCAAGCAUUGGCAAUCAGUCGCUUUACAUCGCAAGAAGCAGCCCAUCAAAUCAUGUCACAAGCAGAUUCCUAUGCUCAUAAUUCCCACCAUAGACGGUAGCAGCGAAAGGCGUGGCUUGUAUAGUGUGACACAAGGUAAGACUUGUAGCUUUGAGUUGAAUGUGUAUUACAGUAAGAGGUUCUGUGGUUCUUCCCAUGGUUGGUUGGCUUGUGUGGAUGAGAAUCUGGUAGUAACCCUCUUAAACCCUUUUACCGGGUGUACCAUUAGCCUUCCACCAGUCCCCAAAUCCACUUGGAGAUCGACGGUAGCUUAUAGAUGUGAUUACUACAUUAAUAAAGUUGUAUUGUCUGCAGACCCUUCUUUUCUUCCUAAUGACUAUGAAGUAUUGGUCAUCUAUGAUGGCUAUGGGAAACAUAUAGCCCAUUUUAAAUCAGGGGAUGAUGCUUGGACUAGCAUAGAUCAAAUGAUCGGAUUCGAUGAUGUAAUUUAUUAUAAAGGCCAGUUUCUAGGCACAGACAAUAAAACAUACCUUGUGCAAUCAUCCAAGGGAGAUCUUUUGCUGAAUGCCAUAAACCUAAAGGGGCCUCAUGACAUGGGUAUCUUCAACUUGGAAAACAAAAGCAUGGGAACACAUUACUGCUUGGAUCGUUCGCAGAAGCACAUGCCACCAGCAAUUUGGAUCUUGCCCUCUAUGGUGUGA